AUGAUCAUACGAUGGGAGAAGGGAAUUCAAUUUGUAACUAUUUGCUUGCGUAUUAUACAUUUAAGUAUUACUUUAACGUUUCGUCACGGCUUCCCCUUCGCCCCCACAGCACUCGCCUGGGACCCCAUACAGAAGCUCCUCGCUAUCGGAGACAAAAGUGGAAAUCUAAGAAUUCUCGGUGGUCCGGGUGUAGAUGCUCACGUCCGCCAUGAGUCCGGGGAGGCGGUGCUGCACGCCAAGUUCGUCAUCAACGAAGGCGCCCUCGUCACGGCCACAGCAGACGACAUGCUCAACCUAUGGACCUUCCGACAGAAGUUCCCGCAGAGGGUGCAGGCGCUCAAGUUCCAGAGAGAACGAUAUACCAUCAAACUAUCACGACACACAGACGAACUCAAGGGGAUCACGUGUCUCCACCUGCCUCUUCAGUCCAAGUGGAUCCACGUAGGCACGGAGCGAGGGAACGUACACGUUGUCAACAUAGAGACCUUCGCGCUCAGCGGAUACGUCAUCAACUGGAACAAAGCUAUAGAAGUAACGAGAGCAAAUCACCCUGGAGCUGUUGUGGACUUGAGUGAAAACCCUAUUGAUGCCAGCAAGCUAGUGAUAGCAUUUGAGACGGGCCUGGUGGUCGUAUGGGACCUGCGAGCCCGGGCCGCCGAGUGGCGAGGCUCGCUGGGUACCGGCGGGCCCGGGGAUGGAGUGCGGGCGGCCGCCUGGCAACACGACGGGAAACUCAUGACGGCUCAUGCUGACGGAGCACUGGCUACAUGGAGCACGCGCUCACCUAGACCAACCUCGCUGUCCUACCCACAUGCGAAAGCGAACAAGGAUGGCAAGAUGGAGUCAUGUAAACCGAUACACAGACUGGAGUGGAAGACUUCGAGGACGGGAGAGAGCCUGGUGAUAUUCUCCGGCGGGCUGCCCACGGACAAGGCGGGCCGCACGCACAGCAUCACGGUCCUCAACGGCAAGAGCACCACCGUGCUGGAGAUGGAACACACUGUCGUCGACUUCGUCACGCUCUGUGAGAGUCCGCACGCUGCUGACUAUCAAGAGCCGUACGCCAUAGUGGUCCUUCUCCAGAACGACCUGGUGGUCAUCGACCUCCUGUCCCCCGGCUACCCGUGCUUCGAGAACCCCUACCCCAUGGACAUACACGAGUCUUCAGUCACCUGCUGCUACUACUUCGCUGAUUGUCCUUCAGACUUGAUCCCAGCGUUCUACUCGGUGGGUCGUCAAGGCAACAAGAAGACGGCCGGCUUCAGUGACAAGCUGUGGCCCAUCAACGGCGGGGAGUGGGCGCCGGCCUCCUGCUCCUACAGCGAGAUCAUACUCACAGGGCACGCCGACGGCAGCAUCAAGUUCUGGGACGCGAGCGCGGGCACCUUACAAAUAUUAUAUAAACUGAAGUGCUCCAAAGUGUUCGAGCGUCGCGGUGGGUAUGAGGAGGAGUCCCCUCUGUGCGUGUGCGCAGCGUCCCUGUGCGCGGAGUCCCGGCGGCUGGCCGUGGCGCUCCCUCACGGGCACGUGGUGCUGUUCAAGUUCAGGAAGACGGAGAUGCACGCCGAGACACACGUGAUAGAGGUGCCUAUGAUCAGUGAGUCGGUGGAGGAGGAGGUUUCUCCAGAGGUCGAGAACACUCGCUCGGGGUCGAUCAGCCGCGCGCAGGAAACUGUGGACGGAGAACAGAAGAAGUCGGGUUCGUGGGCGGGCGCAGGUCUCCGCGUGCGAGGCUCCGCAGGCACGGGCGGGUCCCGGCGGGCUCCGGGCUUUCAGGCCUCGCUGGUGGCGCUCCAACACGGCCCGCCGCACCCCGUCACCACACUCACCAUCAACUCCUCAUACGGACUCAUGGCGUGGGGUGGGGAGCGUGGCCUGGUGGUUGUUGACGUGUGGCGUCGGUGUGUCGUGGCAGCUCUGCCCGCACACGCCCUCUACCUGCCGCACCCAGACCAGCACCCGCACCUCAGACGCUCGCCCGACCUAGACCAGCUGGAGGAGUCUCCAUCCAGUCCGGACGCCGCCGAGGAAGCUUUCCCCGACCCUAAGCUCGACAUGAGACGGAAAUCAACACCCUGGAAGAACUUCAACCUCAAACGACAACUCUCCAAAGUAGAUCUUAAGUUCAAAGCUGCGUUUGCAGCUCCAGAGAACGAAGAUAAUAAUGAAAAAGGCAAUUCACAGUUCUACUGUGAACCCUCCGCGACGACACAAGUCACCUCGGAUAGGAUCGAAUCAAUGAAUGCGGAGUCACCAGACGAACUAGAAGCUGGUGUUAAAGUUACAGAAGAUGAUAAGAGUCAACUGUCGUCUCCGCUACGGGUGUGCUCGGAUGUGUUCGAGAGAAUGCAUAAAGAAUUGCAGGAGAAACGAUCGAGCGAAGACGUUUACGACAGAAUGCACAAAGAACUCCAGGAGAGAUGGCAGGACAAAGAGAGGAACGAGGACACUCCCGACAUAUCACCGUCUAGAUUAGGAGAAGAGGAGAAGGCCACGAGACCGGACAACCUGCCGCUGUUCGACGAAGACGGUAAACCUUUACGACCGCCCCGAGGGAAGAGUAAGAGAAAAGAUGAGACGAGAGAUCAAAGAGACCAAAGACUCCUCUCGGUGCCGAACAUAAAGUACACCAAGCAAGAGUCGGUGAAGGACCUCCGCAAGAAGCAGGCCGCGGCCCAGCAGCCGCAGUCGUUCGCGGGCAACCUGAUGCGGCGGUUCAGAGAUUUAGUAGGGAGACUGUGCCCAAGAAAUGAGCAAAGUAUGGAAGAAGACACAGUCGAGCGAGUCAUAGAAGUGCCCACCAGAAUAGACAAGCUGGACAGCUCGUUCUCAAGAUCUCGAUCCAGCAGCAUGUCAAGCUUGGAGAAUAUCUCUCAAGAAGGAAUUCAAUGUCUAGCGUUUGCCGACAGCUACACUAAGAAGUCUGAUCCGUCAACGUUACUACCGACGCUAUGGAUCGGUACUACUUUAGGUUCUGUUCUCACCAUGAUGAUAAGUUUACCAGAAGCGGACAUGCGUCACACACAACCCGUGGUCGUCUCCACCAGUGGUGGUCCUAUAUUUAGGCUAAAGGGUUCAAUAUUGGCAAUGUCUUUCUUGGACUGUAACGGUGCUUUAAUCCCAUAUUCCUACGAGAGUUGGAAGGAUGAUAGUAAAGACGGUCGUGACCGUCGUGAACGGACUCCCACCAAACAGAGUUCGUCGGGAAGCAGCAGCCACGUGAGUCCCACGCCCGGGGCGGAGGCGGCCGCUGACAGACAGUUUGUGGUGAUAGCGUCUGAGAAGCAGGCCAGGGUCGUCGCCUUGCCCAGUCAGAACUGCGUCUAUAGACAGCAAAUUGUAGAUACUGAUUUCGUAGUGAAAUCUGAGAUUGUCAGUCUUAAAGACAGCGUGUGUCUUGUCAACUAUCUAUCCACGGGCCACCUCGCGGCUUACAGCCUACCCUCACUCCGGCCGCUGGUGCACGCAGACUUCCUCCCGCUGACAGAGCUGAGCUUCCAGACACAGUCCAAACAGAGGGGUAUCGUAGACCCAAUGCUGUCCAUUUGGGGCCAACAACUGAUAGUUAACGAGGACACGGAUCAAAUAGCAAAGACGUUUUGCUUCAGUAACCGCGGCCACGGACUGUACCUGGCGUCUCCCACGGAAAUACAGAAGUUUACCUUAGAUGCAGAGUUCUGUCAACAGCUGAACGAGAUGAUAGGUGAACUAUUUCUUCCUCGAGACAUGCCCGAAGCUCCGAAAGAGAGUUUUUUCCGCGGUCUCUUCGGCGGAGGGUCCAGGCCUCUCGACCGGGAGGAACUCUUCGGAGAGAGCAGUGGCAAGCCGAGCCGCGCGGUCGCCAAACACAUUCCAGGCCCGGCGGGCAUGGAGGCGCUGGGGGCCCGCGCGGGCGCCGCCUGCAGCGAGGUGUCUCGCGCGCACCAGCUGGUGGUGGAGCGCGGGGACAAGCUGUCUCAGCUGGAGGACCGCGCCGAGCGCAUGCACUCCCAGGCCUCCGAGUUCUCCUCCUCGGCGCACCAGCUCAUGCUCAAGUACAAGGACAAAAAGUGGUACCAGCUGUGA